GUUUGAGAGUAGAAACGACGUUUUAUCUGCAGUUGAAACUUCCCACCCUCCUUCGGCCUCUUCUUUCUUCUCCUCUCUAGUCUUCUCCAAAUUCCACCACUUCUUCAUCCGCUUCCUCCGUCCCUCCUCGACAGAGCUCGCCAUCUCUAGGGUUUCCAUCGACGCGCGAUCUCGAAGGAACUUAAGCCAUGGGAAAGAGGAAGUCAAGGGCGAAGCCACCUCCUAAGAAGCGAAUGGACAAGCUAGAUACAGUCUUCAGCUGUCCAUUCUGCAACCAUGGCACAAGUGUUGAAUGUCGAAUUGAUAUGAAGAACCUCAUUGGUGAAGCCAUCUGCGGAAUCUGCCAGGAAAGCUUUAGCACUAGCAUCACAGCUUUAACUGAGGCGAUAGACAUAUACAGCGAAUGGAUUGAUGAAUGCGAACGGGUUAACACCCUUGAAGAGGAAGCCGCUUAGGACGGAACAAGAUGCAUGCAGAAGCUACUCUGUUGAAUAGAUAAGCUUGGUGCAUGAGUUUCUAAAGCAUGUAAUUACCAAUCACGUGUGGUUUCCGGGGGCUGUAAGCGCUUGAGUGUGAGCGUCGGCACAGGGGUGACCUAAAGAAUAAUUUGUAAGGUGAGGCGACGGAAUCACCUAGUGUGCAUGUUGGCUUGUUGUACUUUAUGAAAAUCAUAUGGUAAUACACUAUUAUGCUGUUAUUACUAUAAUGCUGUUGCCACGAAUGUGAUGCUCCUUCAGUUGUA